AUUUCUUUGAGCGUUGUCAUGCAAGACCGACCACAACUCCUUCGGCGAAAGGCGAUGGAAGUUCUGUUGAUUUGUGAAUUUAUAGCAUGACAUGAACCUUUACUUGGUUGAUGGCUUGCACUCAUGGCUCAUGGUGAUUCUCGGGUUGUAGUUAGGGGAGGAACCAUACUGAACAAGUUUAGGAGAUUCUUGGAGCGACUGUCCCAAGAAAUCGAGGAAGACGACUUAGACGGCUUGAAAUUUCUACUGCAGGGACUAAUUCCAUUAGGACAUCUGGAGAAGUGUAGCAAACCAAGAGACUUGUUUUCGAGAAUGAUACGACAGGAUCUCUUGGGAGAGGACAACUUAGACUACCUUGAGAAACUUUUAACGGGCGUUAAGAGGCUCGAUCUUGUGAAACGUGUAAGAGCUUAUAGACAGAGUGAAUCACCAGGUAAUGUGACAGCAUUGGAUUUUCUACAUUUUUCUUUGUAAUUAGAAUACUGCAGUUAUAUCAAUGGUUGGUUUUUAUAUCAUAAGAUCAAGGACUUAAUUAAUUUAUAAAGGUGCCCGAGAUGAAAGUAGCAGUGUUAUACGUCGAUCAAUUCGAAGCGUCAACGCCCCCCCCCCACCCCUAAGGCAUUUAAACUUUUGCAGAUUGGUUUGUUCAAAUUCCUACCCCCCAAAUUUGGGCCAACAUUGUGUUCAAAUGCCUUACCCAAAUGUCCAACUCAAAUGCCAGAUUUGAUGGUGAACAUGUUUAUUCUGCACAGAAGACUUGACACUUCAGAUUUAAAUUCCCCAUCUCAUCCUGACAAGAUUCAAAUUCCUCACCCCAGGGCAAGGAUGACAGUCAAAUGCCCCCUGGUUGCCUGAUGCCCAGGGAGGGGGAUGUUGAAGCUCCAACUUGAUCAACACCUAACACUGAAUACUACACCAUUGGCAGAACAGAAACCUCUCUACAAGGGCUGGAAACAACUACCAGGGGACUGAGAGCUUCUGUUGUAAUCCAGACAUGUUCCUCUGGGAAAUUUUCCAUUCAGCAGCACAUGAGUGUUACCCAAAUUAGCAAGAUUAGGUCCACCUCACAUGAUCCUUCCAACUUCUCAGACCUUGUAUAGAGGGGUAGCAAAUGGUGGCAAGAAAACUGUGGAGUUAUAAAACUUCAAAAGCUAUUCCCUGAAAUUUUGCAAUGGGUAUGUCAUCAUAACCAUGGUUGACUAUGAACAGCACAAACUUAGUCCAUCACUGAUUAAAGCUGAACAGUUUGUUAUGCUGAAAAGAGGGACUUCUCUUAGUUAAAAUUUAAUGUAGUGAUUAUUACUUGUUCUUUAUUGGUUUAGUUCAUACUGAGCUCGAAACUCAGGGAUAUAGAAUACCUGACUGUGGAAUGUUUCAGGCUCUUAUCAUGAAGUAGCUGGUUUUUGUUGACCUGUACAUCAGAUUUGAAAUAGUGCAAAUUUAUUUAAGGUUGAUUAUCAUAAAUUUUUGAGAGAAAUGGAAAAUGUCUCAGUCAUGAGGAGUUAAGACCAAUCAACCAGUAUUUCUGUUCAUGCUGUGGACAUUUAAAUCAAAGUUUAUUGUCAGUGAUGUUGAGAAGUCAGUAAAAGUGGAACAAUGUUCAGAAAAAGGUGUUAAACAGUUAAACUCUAUAAACUUUAAGAUAAUCAGUGGACUGCAGUUCAAUGUAUCCCAGCCCCGACUGGACUAACAUAUUCCAACAUUGCAAUACAAAAUGAAUAGAAAAAGAAUACAGUGGUUUCUCACAGUAAUUCAUUGUUUUGGAGGACAGUUAGCACUGUUAUAUUUUAAAUAAAAGAAAAAAAUUGAAGAAAGUUUUGAGGGAUUCAAGGCACUGAGGGUCAAAUUAAACUAAGCGUGCUAAGUACAGGAAAUGCAUGAUAAUUAGAUUCAGGGUAACAUGAUUCAAUGAGAACAAGUCAGUUGGGGUGGGGGGGCAAGUAAGAGUUAGGGUAAAAGAGGGUUGACAGGAGUCAAUUGUUUUUUAUGUAGUUCACUAACAAAAUGUCCAUUUUACCAAAGAUAAAUUUUAUUUGUUACUUCUGCAGCUGUGGAGCUGGUUUGUUUCUCUUUUGGUAUGCAAGAAGCAGAUGUCAAUGUGCAACAAAAUCUUGUGCGUAGCAUGAAUGAGUUUCUGGGUUUUGAUCCCUCAGAAAUACAACUAGAAGGAAGUGAGCAAGUGGGAGUCAAUUGGUGGAAUUUAAAUUUUAAAAUCCCCAAUAGGAAGGAAAUGGUAGACAACCUUCGAUGGGCUGCCAUUCACAAACUCCCUUGGCUUAACCAUUGCGGGGUCAAAGCAGUGAGAAUUGGCAAUGAAUCCAAAAUUCUAUUGCAGCCAAUUACACGCUCACUCUCUUUAAUCACUCCAGGUGAGUGCUUGUAACAGUGUGGAUGUUAACUCAUAAAAAUGACAAAGUGGAAUCAACCUGCAAAAUGGUCAUCACAAUUAGUUACUUGAUAUGUCAAUUGAAAGUAAAAGAUGACAAACUUUGGAGAUGAGGAAAUUACUAAAAUGAUAAUAGAGAAAAGUGACAUAGAUGCUCAUGUUCAUAAAUCAAAGCAAAGUGUUGGGCUUUGACUUCAAGCAUUUAACUGCAAAAUUGGAACAGGCUGUGGUGUUUGAACCCUCUCGAGAAUUACAAAAAUUUCAGUCAACAAUAUAAGUUUGCUUAAGAUAUUUAUGUAGUCUUACUGUAAGUUAGUAAAUGAUGUGAAUCAACGAUGACUCAUUUUGAGUCAAGGUUAGAGUUAAAUUUUUUCCAAGCAAUAUUCUUCUCAGCAUAACAGGUGUGGAGAUGUAUAGUGGGAUAUCAAAAAUUAUCUGGUCGAUUACUGUUAGUAAAAUGUGUUUUUCAAUAGGGUGAUAUUUUUGUAGCCCAAGUGCAGUUAGUCGUUUAGAUUUGUUGUUUUGAUAUUAACCCAUUUCACUCUCAAGAUCCCAAUAUCAAUUGCUCAGUCAAUCACACAGUUCUUACAGUCGUCCUUGUAGCCCCAACAAUUUGGUGUUAGAUCAGAGUGCCUAGUUGUUGCUUUGAUGAGUUUUUCCUCAUCACCUCUCACCUUGACAAUUUAAUGAAAUUGUGAGAACUCAGAAGGAAAUAACUAGACUAUAAAAAAUCUACCAGUAACUUUUUCCUUGAUGUUUCCUUUCUUUGCCAUCUCAUCCUAUUUACAGCUGAUAUACAGACUUGUGAACAAAAUUGGAAAGAAUGUUCUGUGCAUUUUGAUAUGCUGUUCUGAGCUGUGAAUUUGUUUUAAUUUUUUUUCUGUUUUCUUUGCUGCAUAUACAGAUUGCAAUCAUGAUGACAAAAACCUGGACCUGAUUCUAGUUGUUGACUGUGCUUUAUCAAAUCCAGUGCUGUUACAACGUCUGAAGACUCAACUGAGGUAUCUGAUCAAUGAUAUUUUCGACAGUUUCCAUCUCAGACUGGCACUCAUCAGUUACCAAAACCAUCAAAGGCAUCCACGCCCUGGAAUGCGAUCUGGUGAUCCUCAAAUCAAUAAAACAGCACUCGUACAAAAAUUUACGGACAGAAGGGAUGCUAUGAAAGAAACCAUAGAGAACUUGCGUCGUCUUGGAAGGCCAGGUGGAACAAGAGGGCUAGCAGAUGGACUGGCACUAGCAGUCCAACUCAGUGAAGUUGGUGAUGACAAUGAUAAGUGUCGCAGAAAUGCCAUCAAAGUCUGCAUAUUACUGCGUGAGUGUAAAGAAAUUCAUUUGUAAUGAAUUAUGAGAAAAGCUACAGGGACUCACUGCCUGGAUAAUGCUUACAGCUGUAGGAUUUUGCCUUGCUUAUAUAAUAACCUCUGUGGCUGCAAAGUAUAGGGUUACUUCCUUGAGGUUGUGGUAAAGCUAUGGAUGAGACAAGACUGCUUUCAUUUAUGCUUUCACAUAGAAAUAUUUAGAUUAUUACUGUAAUUUGAUAAGAUUCAUGAAUCAUGAUUAAUAGCAUUUUGGCUUAAUCAAUUUGAUUGCAGCCAUAUUGGAUCAAAGAAAAACUCUUGAAAAUUUUCGGUGUGAACAUGGCCAUGAUGUGAUGAAGCUCUGUCAUCAGCUUACAAAGAAUUAUGUCACUCUUCAUACUAUUGGGGUCCCCCAGCCAGAGCCAGCAUACAUUCCGGACCCAGCACAUGACUUAGUGACAGACUUUUUCACAGGAAUUUCUCUAAAGACAGGUGGUAAAUUUUUCCAGAUACCCGAUGUCAAAUUUAUUUUUGAGGUAAGAAUUUAAAGGCUCUUUACCCUCACACUCCCAAGAUCAGAGAGAUACAGUAUUGUAUAUAGAUAGAUGGUUUUAUUAAAAUUACCCUUGCAGCCCAAGGGCUGAAUAACAACAAUUUUUACAAGAGUGUAAAAUGUAAAUUAAUCAUAGCUACAAAUUAUAUAAUAAUAAAUUAAGAAAGUUAAUUCAUAAUAUAUAUAUAACAACUUUAUUUAAAUAAUAACAUAUAACAUAUUAUUAUUAAAAAAGGGUUAUAGAAGGGAGGAACUUAAUCCUCAUUGUAAACUAUACCCCAUAAGAAUUUAACAAUAAUAAAGGUUAUCAUUAUGUAAACACUAAUUUUAAUUAAGAUAAAACUAAAAUUAUUCGAAAUCAGAUCAAUUAAUAUAUGAGUUGUACAAGGACAUGCUAUUGGCAAUGGCUUACAAUAAAACUGUCUCUAAAAUGAUUGGUGUUAAAACGCAGGACUUGGAACUUGUGAUUUUCCAUGUUCACAACAUGCCAAGGCAAGGUGGCGGAAGUAGUGAAUAAAGUUUGUGAUUGUUGUUAUUACUUAUCUCUUUAAACAUUGAAUUACAAUUGCCUCUCUCAUUUCAUACAAGGUAGGUAUGUUAAAAACUUCUAAAGCCUGUCUAUAAGAUAAAUCAUUAGUGCCUAUUAUGCGUAGUGCUUACUUCUGCUGGUGUUCUAACUGAUUAGAGAGAUAUUGUGGUAGAGCAGUAUCAAAGACUGGACAUGCAUAUCGUGCAACUGGGCAUAUGCAAGUGGUGUAGAGACUCAGAAGGUCAUUAGCUGGCACUUUUGCAUGCUUUAAUUGGCUAAGAAAGUAGAGAUGCGCUGUGACUUUCUAUUGUGUAUACAAUGUUAGUGAAGCAAGUAAACUUGAAGGAAUUUCUUGUCCUUUUGUGGUUUUUUUUAAAGAUAAUUUUGCAAGUGAAUUGCUGGCAAAAUUUCAAGGGACUACUUUUCAGGAAUUUUCCAAACUCUUGUUUUUAUCCAUAGGAACUUAUAAAAUCUGAUUUUCUGUGGAUGUUAAUAAGUUCUAAAAUUUCAAGGGAAAGUUUUCCCAAAAGUGUGUGGCAACUAUCCUAAGAAAAUUCUCUUCAAUUGAUAAGUCUUGCCAAAUGAACUUCAAGUAAAUUGCUUUCAUGACUUGAUUUUUUGUCAUUUGGUGCACAAGUCAACUGAAAUCUGUUCAUUGACUUGAAUCAAAUCCUGACUGGAGGGUUUUCUUUGAAAAAUGUAAUUACUUGUUGAUAACUUCAUUAAUUUAUCAUUUCACUAUAAUUAUCAUGAUAGUCAUUUUACCAGUUAAGGUCAUGAGAACCUGCAAAAUGUGCUAUGAUAUUACACCAUAGAACAAGUCAAAAAAUACGGAGCAACAAAAUUGCCACUAUGAGCACUCCAAAUUUUGAUUAUUUUUUUCCCUUUUUUAGGCUUGCUUUUUAAAGAAACAACUAUUAAGCACAGCAUAUUUUUUUUGUUGGUCACAAGUGAAACUUGGUGAAUGGUUUUGUUUUUGUUAACCAAAGUUGGUCUUUUACGUCUUCCUUUUGUGUCUUUUACGUCUUCCUUUUGCGAUCAAUAUGAUGUACAGAUAGGCCAUUGGAUGUGUUUUGCAAACUAAAUCAAAGCACCAAGAAAUGAAAUAGUAGUGGAAGAAUAAAUCUUUUAUUUCCUUGCCCCUUUGGGGCUUGGAAAAAUAAUAGUGAGUUGAUACAACUUGCCAAAUGUCCACAUUUAUUAAUUAAAACAGUGUAUGUUAACCAUUGAAUAAGGUGACUAGUAUAUGAUUCUCAUUGACUGGUUUGACAUGCAACUUUGCAUUUAUUGUAUGUAUUAGUCUUAGAGCGGAAACAGCCUAAUAUUAUCUAUUUAUAAAUUUCUGGUUAGUGGAGUGGUCAAAUGAGUCUUGUGAUCUAUAGAAAUUAUGUAUUCCACAUAGGAACCUAUCAAACCUACCUACCUGUACCUGUGGAAAGCAAAUAAAACACAUAGUUUGAUCACUGACAGGUAUCUUAUUUAACCUGGACUACAUUGUAGGGGUUUAUUUGAGUUUUAAUGGAGGUGACUGUUCCUCAAAAAUCAUUGGUCAUGAAUUGAUGACUGAAGUAGCCAGCAAAAUGUAAAAAGGGUACAACAUUACUGGAAAACUUGCCUGCCCUCUUAGUUUAAGAGUCAGUUAGAAGACUUAACGAUUACUGAAUAUUUGUGUUUGAUUGCCUUGGCUAAUUUACCUUUUGAUAGGUUGCCAGGUGUAUAAUUGGUGCAAAUAUCUCUGAGGAACAUCUCUUUGGCACUGCCUAUGACAUUAUUAUUGAGGAAAUCAGAAAGACAGAAGGUGGAGAUGUCUCCCUAGAAGAUCUGAAUAUUAAACUUCAAGAGGGCCUUAAUCAAAGAUCUUUUCAUGUCAGUCGUGUGCUAUUCAAUGGACAAUUGGCCAUUGGACCAGCUACAAAGUUGGCAAAGAAAUUCUCACUGGAUGAAGACUUCCCUAGUGCUUGUGAGACAUUUCAGUCUGCUCUGGAAAAAAGGCGUCAAUCUACCCGUAACAUUGUUGCAGCACCUGGAACACCAAGUGAUGUUGACAUGGAGGAAGCACAAACUACCACCUCGCAAUUUUCAUUAUCAACUGAUUGUGUAAUAACCACUGAAGUCUCAGAGAGGAUACUCCAGAGAGUUGUUCAACGGAGAUUCUGGCCUGGAUAAUGAUUAAGGCAUAAAAUUUUAAUUCUGUAUCUGGCAUACAUGCAUGCAAAUUAGCUGGUUAACAUAGAGGUAUGCUACAUUUUGUAUCUGUAUGCAGUAUUCACCCAAGCAAAUUCUACUUCUUUGUAAGAGUCUAGUCAACACAUUUUCAAAUAUUAUUUCAAAGGUGGAGAAAACUCCAUUAGGAUGCCACAUAGUGGAAGAAAUAUUUUAAAAUCAUUCUUAAAAGACAUUUGUUAGUCAGAAUAUUGUUGGCUAGUCAUAAGGUAUGCAAUUCAGUGCACCUUAUAAUGAUAUUCCACUCUUGUGAUGUAGUUCAUAUGGUUCAGUUUUACCCUUGGUUCAAAUGUCAUUAUCCUUUGUUUCAAAUGAAUUUGCAUCUAUUCAAUAUUUUUGAAAAAGAAAAAAAAAGGAAAAUUUAAUGCAAACCAAGGAGAAAAUUGAUGGAAAAGCUCCACAGUAUUCUGACUGUGAAAUACCAGCAACUUUUGUGAAAUGUCAGGUGUACCACAAGUAAGAGUUUAAUGUUUGACUAACUAAUACCUUGACAUGAAAACCAGAAGAUGCCAGUUCACAGUCAGUGCUUACAUGAACAACAAGAUCCCCCUUCUGAAAGAUGGGAGAGGAGUGGUUGACAUGUACCCUGGGAUUUCUUUUAGCCAUAUGUAAAGGUACAUUCAUAGUUUAGUAAAUUGAGGAUCUUAUUUCUUAACUUUCUAAACCAAGACCUUUCAUAUCUUAUUAUUAGCUGCACUUUUUAUGUUGUGGUGCAAAUAGCCAAAGGAAGCCCAAGCAUGAGAAUGCAAGGGAGAAUUACAUUAUAAAACAUUUAUUGUCCACUGGACGCUAAAGAGUAUUUAAGCAAUAGACCACGCUUUCCAUGUAUCAGUCUUCCAGUGCAAUAAUCCAUGUAUGAUUUUGGGAAAACAUAUGAAAAAUCUGUAAGUCAUGAGCUGGAGGUAAGUGAUUUACAAAUUUUUUUAAGUGUUCUUCUAACAUUCCUCAUGGGUUAUUAUGCAGGUAAACUAACAGAGAGUGGCCUUUAGCUUUUUUAUGAAAAAAACUGAAAGCAGAACAUAGUUGUCUGAUUAUUUAAACAAAGGUUAGCCAUUGUUUAACAAAACCACAUCCUAAACAAUCCUCAAUUUUGGUAAAAUUUUUAUCAGAGCAUUUAUUUUUGUGAACAGUAUAAAGAGGGCUGAAAGCUAACAGCAGAAGGGCAUUUAUUUAAUUAAAUCCUCCCCCUUAUAUACCUUAGGAAGCCUGAGGUCCACUGAAUGUGCAAAACUGUGGUUUGGGUUACACUUUGUUUAAAUAACCAGCCCAGUAUGUUUCAAUUUUUCUAUGGGCUCAUCAGUGCAAUGAAUGAUAGGUUUCUGAUCAAUAAGGUUAUAGAUUAAUUUUCAUUUUCUUUUAAGAUUGAAUUUCCAUGAAAUCAUUCAUAAAUAUACAAUUUAAAUAGUGUAAAAUUGGACCAAGACACAGUUUAUGGCUCCAGCUGCAUAACAACUGGAGCCAAGAAGGAAUACGUCUGAAACAGUUUCUUAUUAUGUGAAUGAUGUCAACCAAAUGUUACCAAAGUCAGAUUGUAUAUCCUUGACUUUAUAACUGUUAUGCUGCUCUGUAAGAAUUGACACAUUUUGAUGUCAUGUAGUUAUAAUAAAAAUGAUCAAAAGUUUGGAAUGAAGAAAUUAGGUCAUAACGUUUUACAUAUUACCCAAUAUCAAUUUUUAUAUCAUUUUUGCUGCCAUUUUUGCCAUAUAGAAGGGCUGUAUAUUUUAGGUUUGCUGCUUUCUCACAGGAACCCUAAAGGUGAUACAAAAAGGCUGCAAUAAAUUAUAAGUUUGCUGUGAGGGGUGUUAAGAUAUUAUUCUAAGUAGUAGG